AUGAGCUCAGCGUGGUCGGAGAGUCCUCCAGAGCUGACGAUGGCGCUGGUCUCCGGCCUCCAGCAGGACGGCGACGCCGCACUGGGGGACGACUCGGCAGGGUCUGUCAACGCGACGCUGGCGCCGCCCAGCUUCCCGCGGCCGCUGCUCACGUUCGCGGCGGUGGCGACCAUCACGAUCCUGGUGGUGGGCGUGCUGGGCAACCUGCUCACCGUCGUCGCGCUGCUGAGGUGUCCCAGGGUCCGAAACGUCGCCGCCGCCUUCAUCAUCAGCCUGUGCGUGGCGGACCUGGUGUUCUGCGCGCUGGUGCUGCCGUUCAGCGCGUCGCGCUUCGUGUCGGGCACCUGGGUGCACGGCGACCAGCUCUGCCAGCUCUUCCCGCUGAUGCGCUACGGCAACGUGGGCGUCUCGCUGCUCUCAAUCGCCAUGAUCACCAUCAACAGGUACAUAAUGAUCGCGCACCACGGCUGGUACGGCCGCAUCUACCGGCGCCACUGGAUCGCCGCCAUGAUCGCCUUCUGCUGGCUCUUCAGCUACGGCAUGCAGCUGCCCACGCUGCUCGGCGUCUGGGGCCGCUUCGGCUACGACGCGCUGCUGGGCUCCUGCUCCAUCCUGGAGGACUCGUGGGGCCGCUCCUCCAAGACGGCGCUCUUCGUGCUGGGCUUCCUCGUGCCCUGCGUCGUCAUCGUCGCCUGCUACGCGCGCAUCUUCUGGGUCGUCCACGAGUCAGAGAACCGGAUGCGGUCGCACCAGUCGGCGGCGCAGGCUCCCACCCCCGGGGGCGGCGGCAAGGGGCUGACGCCUGGGGGCGGCGCCGGGGGGGGCGUCGGCGGCGGGCAGCAGCAGCAGCGGCACGCGGCCAGGGACGUGCGCGCGCGCCGCAACGAGUGGCGCAUCACCAAGAUGGUGCUGGCCAUCUUCCUGUCCUUCGUGGUGUGCUACCUGCCCAUCACCAUCGUCAAGGUCGCCGACCACCGCGUGCGACACCCGGGACUGCACGUGCUGGGCUACAUCAUGCUGUACUUGUCGGCGUGCCUCAACCCCAUCAUCUACGUCAUCAUGAACAAGCAGUACCGCCAGGCGUACAAGACAGUGCUGCUGCUGCGCCGGCCGCGUCUGCUGUCGCUGACGCCCACUGCCAACAACAGCAGCUGCCAAGACAAGUCCAAGGACGCCAUCAGCCGCACCAUGGUGUCCCAGGUGAGCAUAGCCAUGGGGCCCAUGGUUCCACACAGGAACGACAGGAACGACGAGCUGCCGGAAGUGUUCGAAGAGCCGUGACGUCACACGCCUGCCUGACGUCGGCAACAAUCGC